UGAUUGUGAAUUGUUUACAAAUAUACGAUCAAAGACGGCGGAGUUUGGUAAAUAGCGUUUAAGGUUAAUAUUUAUUAAAAAAACAUCAAUUAUUUUCUCUGAUGGCGGACGCUUGGGACGAUAUCAAGAAAAUCAAAACAAAACGGAACACUUUACGAGAAAAGCUCGAAAAAAGGAAGAAAGAACGCCAUGGAAUUCUUACUGCAACAUCCUCGCUGACAGUAGCAAGCAAUCAGCUGAAAUACGAUACAGAAGACUCGCCGGUUUUGAAAACCGAAUUAGUAGAAACAGAUGAGGUCGAGAAAGGACUACUACAAAUACUCUCCUCAAGCAAUUUAAUACUGCCAAUAAUAUCAACGCAAUUAAUUGAGAAAUUAACUAAUUCUUUGGUGAAUGUACCAGCAAAGGAAAUGGUCAACUUUAUACUUGCGAAGUUAGCUAAUCAAGGCGUGAUUAGCAUUAAAAGUGUAACUAUUGGUAAAGAGGUUGGUUGUGAGGUAAUUGCAGUAGAAGCAAAUAAAAUACUCGACUUGUACAAAGAACACAUAAAUGAUAAUUAUGUGAUGAAGGAUGAACUGAAACGUAAAUUCCAUUCAAAUGAUGAUGAAAAUGAUGAUUUGAAUUCGCCAAAAAUUUCGAAGAGUGAAAGCAAUUUAGAUGCUAGUGUAGGUUCACGUAAAGAAAUGUCCAUAGCUGAUGCCUCAGAUGAUAUAAUGUCUCUUCUAUCUAUGCCUUCAACUCGUGAGAAACAAAGUAAACAAGUAGGUGAAGAAAUACUUGAAUUGCUUACAAAACCUACUGCUAAAGAGCGCUCGGUAGCUGAAAAAUUCAAGAGUCAUGGUGGUGCACAAGUAAUGGAGUUUUGUCCUCAUGGCACUAAAGUUGAGUGUCUAAAGGCACAGCAAGCAACAGCUGAAAUGGCAGCCAAAAAGAAAAGGGAUAAUGCAAGUGUAGAAAUACCAGGUGAUGACCAAAUAAAAAGUGCAAUUAUAGACGCUUUAAGUACUAGCACAGAUCCAUCAAUAAAAAAAUCGGAUAACGAAUUAGAAAAGUGCCCUGAUAAAAAGGAUAAAGUUGAUACUGAUGUGGAUAUUAAAGCGGCUGAUUCGGGUGCAGAAGAUGGUGAAAUUGUUUCGGAGAGUAUUAAAACAACAGAAAUAGAAACACAAGCUGAAACUGAAGAAAGUAUUGACACUACAGAUAAAUGUACAAAAUUACAUUUUAAAAAAAUCAUACAAUCUCAUACUGAUGAAUCUUUAGGAGACUGUAGUUUUCUUAAUACUUGCUUUCAUAUGGCAACUUGCAAAUAUGUACAUUACGAAGUGGACACAAUACCAAAUAUAAAUACUAAUAAACCAGUAGAUGUUAAGACUAAAUUAUGCAUUAAACGGAGUAUAGAUCCCAGUGUAACAUUAUAUCCACCGCAAUGGAUACAAUGUGAUUUGAGAUAUUUAGAUAUGACAGUUUUAGGAAAGUUUGCAGUGGUAAUGGCGGAUCCUCCUUGGGAUAUACACAUGGAGUUACCUUAUGGCACUAUGUCAGAUGAUGAAAUGCGUCAAUUGGGUGUUCCAGCAUUGCAAGAUGAUGGCCUUAUUUUCUUAUGGGUAACUGGCCGUGCUAUGGAACUGGGUAGAGAGUGUCUUAAGUUAUGGGGAUAUGAACGUGUUGAUGAAUUGAUUUGGGUGAAAACGAAUCAAUUACAACGUAUUAUACGUACUGGUCGUACAGGUCAUUGGCUUAAUCAUGGUAAAGAACAUUGUCUUGUUGGAAUGAAAGGUAAUCCGAAAAAUCUUAAUCGUGGCCUAGAUUGUGAUGUUAUAGUAGCUGAAGUACGUGCUACAUCACAUAAACCUGAUGAAAUUUAUGGUAUAAUCGAGCGUCUGAGUCCUGGUACAAGAAAAAUUGAAUUAUUUGGUCGACCACAUAAUGUACAGCCUAAUUGGAUAACUUUAGGCAAUCAACUUGAUGGUAUUCGAUUAGUUGACCCUGAAUUAAUAACACAAUUUCAAAAAAGGUAUCCCGAUGGUAACUGUAUGUCACCAGCUGCGGCAGCGGGUGCGGCAGUUGCUGUUGUGAAAAAAUAGUUUAUAGCUUUUAACAUUAAUUAUUUUUUUAAUUUACAAUUGUCAAUUAGCAAACCAUACUUUUGGGCAAACAUACUCAUUAUUAGAUUGCAAUAAUUAAUAUUUAUAUAAAGCAUAAUAAAACUACAUAAGAACGUAGUGCACCAAAAAGGUGCAAUUAUUAAUAGUAACAUAGAAUGCAUAGUGCAUGUCCAAUUUUUUCGAAUUCGAAAAUUGAAUGGACACAUUUAUUCAUCCGCUUAUAUAUAACACGCAAAGGGUUAUUCACAAGUUGUUUAUAGCUUACAUAAAUCUAUAAAGGUGGUUCAAUUUAAAUGAACCAAUAUUCUGUAUUUGCUAUAGUUCAGUUUAUCAAUUUAUAUUCUUUCUUUAAUAUACAUGACAAUCAAUCAUAUUUCAACGAUAUUUAU